AUGGCGGUCAGUGCCGUGAGACACCUCGCGCUCGUUCUCUGCGUCCUGCUGCAGUACCGCCAUAUGGCGGCACAAAAUAAGACCCUGAAGGAUCUCUUCAACAGUACGUCUUGCGCCAAACCGCCGUACACCUGCCCGCAUCCGCAGAUCGAGUUCUACCUGUAUACCAGAGAAACGCAGCAAGACCCAUUACUGUUGAACGUGCGGAACUACAAUUCCCUCCGGUACUCCAAAUUCAAUAAGACUCAUCCGACGAAGAUCAUCAUUCACGGCUUCGGCGGUGGACGAGACUUGGCGCCCAGCACGAACCUGCGAAAUGCGUAUUUCACGCGGGGCGAUUACAAUAUCAUAAUCGUGGAUUACGGCUCGUUGGUACGCGAGCCCUGUCUCGGGCAGAUCCAGUGGGGCCCGGACUUCUGCUCGCAAUGCGUCGCCCAGCUGGUGAAGUACCUGAGGGAUCAUCCCCGAGGCACCCGGGUGGAGAACAUACACGUGCUCGGUUACAGCGUGGGCGCGCAUAUCGCCGGACUCAUCGCGAAUUACCUGCCCGAUGACAGACUCGGGCGAAUCACGGGCCUCGAUCCGACGAUAUUUUUCUACAUGAACGGCAACCGCUCGAUGGAUUUAGACGAGACCGAUGCCCAUUUUGUGGACGUGAUCCACACGGGCGCCGGGAUCCUGGGGCAGUGGGGGCCCAACGGCCACGCGGACUUCUACGUGAACGGUGGCUCGAGUCAGCCCGGGUGCGCCACUUCUUCUAUACUCCAGACGCUCUCGUGCGAUCACACGAAGGUGACGCCGUAUUACAUAGAGUCGAUCACGACGAAGAAGGGAUUCUGGGCGGCCCCGUGCGCGAAUCUGUUCUCUUACCUGAUCGGAUGGUGCAAUCCCAAGAGAGAGGAGUACAUCUUAAUGGGGGAGGACUCCCCUCAUACGGCACGCGGCAUCUUCUAUCUGUCAACAAACGCACACAAACCGUACGCCCGAGGACUGCCCGAAAAAAGCCAGCGACGGACAAGUCGGAAGCGAUCGUCCUCCCGCCAGUAUUAAGCCUGUUGAAGCAACUGAUCAACAUAAUCAUAGAAUAGUAGCGUUAGAGCUAUGCGUCACGCAUCGUCGCCGCGAGGGAGAGAGUUUCCUCUUCACAGCUUCGCGCCACUUCGCAGAAUUUGCUCGCGUCUUCCUCGCGCGGGAAAAGCGCUCUUACCGAUCUCCUUCGAAUCGCGACGACGAAAAGCAACGAUAGCAAUUCAUCGCGUGUGUAGUUCGCGUUCGUAGACGCGUCUGAUCAGCCAGUUCGACACGCGUCCACGUAACACUUUCACCUGCCGCACUUCUCUCGCCGACACCGCGGGAAUUUAUAUUCGCGCCAUUAUAUAUUUCAAGUGUUCGCGCGGCUGUGGCCGGCGCUCGCUCGUGAUCUUUCAAAUAUAUUCACGGCUCGACGAAACGGCAUCUCUCGUCAUCUCCCGAGAGAAAUCGCGGAAAGGCGGACUCAGUCAAUAUUAAUUCGCGCAAUAACGAACGGAUGAAGGUCGCAAACGUGUGUCGCAAGUUUGUAUUCAGCGACGAGCAGCCGACGCUCGCGACGUUAUCUCGAUGGCGGAGGAAAAAUAAUUUAUUUCGAUAAACAUAAGGAGGGAUCGUCGUUCCUUCGCACUUUCGUCGCCGACACCGGGAACCUCUCAGCCUCCCCGACAUCUUCCUCCGCUCCUUCGGCGUGUAACGUUACAAAUACUAUAUCCUAACGUAGAUUUCUCGUUUUUAUACGUAAUUUAGCUCACGUAACCUGCGAGGUACAACUAAUUUAAUUUAAAGAGCCACGAUUUGCGCAGCGAAAAAUGCUCUCGACCUGUAAAGAGACUUUUCGAAUACAAAUGUCGCUCGCAGAGGUCCGGGAUUUGCUUUACUUACUUCACGACCCAUCCACCACUUCUCUCUCUCUCUCUCUCUUUCUCUCAGCAAAUCGCACACGGAUGUGUGUCGAUCGCCACAACAUGAGGCCAUGUUUAUGUUAACAACAAUAUUUAUUACAUAAUAAUAUUACGGUAUGGUAAUAACUUCUAUGGAUUUACAAUACACUGCCGCGCUAGUCCUUAAUAAUAUGUAUAAUAUGCAAUGGAAUGAUUACAAGUUCGUCGAUACAUCUACGCUUCAAAUCGGAGGCUCCUCGACGGCCUCGAGCUUUUGUUCUUAUCCUACCUCGAUAGCUCUCUCUCUCUCUCUCUCUUUCUCUUGAAUUUGCGUGGGUUCUAUCUCUCAGGUGCGGGUGUACGAUCCUGUAUACGGACGGUGCUCUCGACGUCGUCGGUCCGCGCGUACGAAUGUACACGUGUACACGUGUACGCCUGCACAGGUAGGCGAAAACGCGUUCGAUUUCCUUCCUUUUCCUUUCGUGAAUUCGGUCUUUUCUCUCCUGAGAUUUCGAGGGAGAUUCCGCGAGCGGCUCUCGCGAGCAUCGUCCGCGUUUAGCUCGAAAUAACUAGAAAACCAGGUGUCACUUAAGGAACACGAUAAUCUACCGUAAAAAGUGGACAGUAUCCCAAUUCCCUCUGGUUAUAACUUAUCGUUCGUCGCCGAAAUUGAACAUCAGUGCAAGGAUUCACGUUUCGCGCGAUGAUGACGGCGUGAUGAUGAUGCAAGGGGUGGGGGGGGGGAGGUAAAACUCAAAACGAAUCGUCCCGACAAGAUCGGCAGGGAAUUUCGAGAGAGAAAACGACCGUCCGCAUCGGCUGGAUUUUCCAGCGAUCAA